GGCGCACGGGCUGUCCCGGCGCGGGUGGGGACCUGUCCCAAGUGGGAUUCGGGUGCGGGGCUUCUGGAAGGAGCCCCGCCGCGCGCGAUCGUGAGCCCCUGCCCUGCGCCGCCGCUCCGAGGCGCGUGACUACUUGAGACCAAACGAGUGGUUCCUGUCACCUCUCUGGGUACCCCUUAGAGGCCACCCCGCCCAGCCUGACCAAUGUCCACAGCCAGGGAACAGCCCAUCUUCAGCACCCGUGCGCACGUGUUCCAGAUCGACCCCACCACCAAGAGGAACUGGAUCCCAGCCGGCAAGCACGCGCUUACGGUGUCCUACUUCUACGAUGCCACCCGAAAUGUGUACCGCAUCAUCAGCAUCGGGGGUGCCAAGGCUAUCAUCAACAGCACAGUCACCCCCAACAUGACCUUCACCAAGACCUCUCAGAAGUUCGGGCAGUGGGCAGACAGUCGUGCCAACACUGUGUAUGGCCUCGGCUUUGCCUCGGAACAGCAGCUGACCCAGUUUGCUGAGAAGUUUCAGGAGGUGAAGGAAGCUGCCAGGCUGGCUCGGGAGAAAUCUCAAGAUGGUGGAGAAUUCACUAGUUCCGCCCUGGCCCUUGCCUCCCACCAGGUUCCCCCGAGCCCCUUGGUCAGCACCAACGGCCCGGGAGAGGAGAAGCUGUUCCGCAGCCAGAGUGCAGAUGCCCCUGGCCCCACGGAGCGGGAGCGGCUGAAGAAGAUGCUGUCAGAAGGCUCCGUGGGUGAGGUCCAGUGGGAGGCCGAGUUCUUCGCACUCCAGGACAGCAACCAGAGGCUGGCAGGGGCCCUUCGCGAGGCCAACGCGGCCGCCGCGCAAUGGAGGCAGCAGCUGGAGGCCCAGCGUGCAGAGGCUGAGCGCCUGCGGCAGCGGGUGGCGGAGCUGGAGGCCCAGGCGGCUGCAGAGCCAGUCCCGGCGGCGGCGGCGGGCGAGAAGGAGGCAACCAGCCAGUCCGUGGAGCAACUUGAGGCUCAGGUGCAGACCAAGGACCAGGAGAUCCAGACUUUGAAGAAUCAGAGCUUGGGGACACGAGAAGCUCCUGACACCACUGAGCGGGAGGAGACAGCGCAGAAGGUUCAGGAUCUGGAAACACGGAACGCCGACCUGGAGCAGCAGCUGCGGGCAAUGGAGUGCAGCCUGGAGGAGGCGCGGGCGGAACGCGAGCGCGCGCGGGCAGAGGUGGGCCGGGCCGCACAACUGCUGGACGUGCGGCUGUUCGAGCUGAGCGAGCUGCGCGAGGGGCUGGCGCGCCUGGCAGAGGCGGCACCCUAGUUGGCCCCGGGGGUCUGUGACCCCAAGGUGCCCUGGCAGGGGUCCAGGGCUGCCGCUGAGCUUUGCACUGUGUAGAGUUUUCUAGAAUCCAUGGGUGGCGCUGAUACCCAGAUUGCAUUUCUACGUGGCUGUACAAGUGCGUGGCGCUGCUGCCACCCGCGUCCCAGGGAUGUGGAGGAGGGGCUCAGUGGUCAUCCCCGUGGGGCAACAGAGGCUUUGGGGACCAGAGACCCGCAGCCUGCACCCAUCCCGCCUCAUUCUCAAGUCAGACUGACAGGUUCGGAGUGUUUACUGAGGUCCUCUGAGGCCCACCCCGCGGCGGGCGCUCCCUGCUUUCUGUCGCUGCCGAAGCGUCUGCCCCACCUUCUCCUUGAAGCGGCGGUUCUGCUGCUUGAUCUUGGCCAGCUCCGCCUUGCGCUUGGCCUCCAGGUCCGGGUCCUGAGGAAGGGAGCGGCUGAGAAAGGAGGAGGGAGGCUUCCCAGGGCAGCUCUCCCCAAGCCCAGCGCCCCCUUCUGGCCACACCCCCACGCCUGGCCACACCCCCACGCCUGGCCACACCCCCAUGCCUGACCCUCCCCACCCCUCGAGCCCUCCCCACCCCCGGUCCACCUUCCCCUCCAGAAUCAGCUGCUUCCGCUUGUUGAUCUCCUUCUUUUCAUCGAAGUGCGAGGCCUCCAGUUUCUAGCAGGAGAGAGCACAGGUCAGGACAGGCCCGCGGGGAGCCCCCCCCACACCCCACAGCCGAGGCCACUCACGAUCUCGCAUUCUCUGCGCACCACGUUGACCUGCGUGAGGAUGUUCAGGACCUCGGCCUCCUCCACCGCCAGCUCCUCCAGCUGCUUCUCUGCGGAGCGGGUGGGGGACCCAGACAGCAGCACUGAGUGGGGCUGAAUGCCACUGGCCCUCUGCGCCCCACUUCUGGAUGUCUGCAUCCAGCCAUAUGUGGACUGAUGACAUUCAAAAAAUGCAAAAUUGUGCCUGUUAUCACAACACUGGGAAGGCAGAGGCAGGGGGAUCACUGUGAGUUCCAGGCCAGCUCUGUAGAGCAAGGAUCUCUCAAAUAAAUGAAUGAAUAAAUGAA